GUGAAAUCCGUCUUCCUCUUCUCAUUCAGACUCAACCUCACCCUCACAAUCCCGCAACACCAGAUCCGACACGCCGCCAUGGGUUCUUGCACUCACUAGACGGGCUCGCGGCUUCGGCCGUGAGAGAGCCUUCAGCUUACGCCCUUGCCUGCACAGACGCAUGCUGUGACAUUACCAUCAACAUGGCGUGGAAGACCCAGCCAAACCAGUCCAAAGAUGACUCAACCUACCCGGGCUUGCUGCCCACCAGCCCAGACGGCACCGUCAGGUCACACUACAUUGAGACGCAGACUGAAGAGGUCUUUGCCCUCCAGGCAAUCUAUGGCGAUGAUUUCAUCGAACACAAGGCAGCCAAUACGGCAUGGAAGAAGGCAGAACCCUCCUUUGACCUGCGGAUCAAGGCUUCUUCGAAUGAAGACAUUGCGCUUACGCUCAGUGUGGUCCUGACCGCAACAUAUCCAAAGUCUGCACCGUUGCUCAGCAUCAAGGACGACGACAGCUUGAGCAAGUCGACCCAGUUCAAAGUGCAGAACUUCAUCACCGCCAAGCCCAAGGCUCUGGUCCAGGCUGCCACGGGCGAGCCAAUGAUUCAUGAGCUUGUCGAAGGUCUGCAAGACAUUCUCGAAGAUGCAGCACUGGCUAAAGCCAUGGGCACUGAAAGGUCUCUGGAAGAAGAGCGUGCUGCACACGAGGCGGAACUGGCAAGACAAGCUCAGGAACAACGUGAAGAGGAGGAGCGUAAAAGGCAGGACGCGACCAAGGAAGAAGAGCGCGUCAUGCAAGACAUGAUCCAGAAAGAGGUCGAUCGUCAGCGGCUCAAAGUCAAAGAGUCAAAGAAGCGGAACCGCCAGGGUGUAUCGAAUCACGUUACCGAAGACUCGCAGGCUGCAGACGGAGAUGCCGUCGAGUUUGAUGAAGCAGUCGAACUGACUAGCUCAAACGGCGCCGUAUUUUUCUUCAACAGUGUCACUGGCAGGAGCGAAGUCUGUGUUGGCCAGAUCGCCACCACCUACCGUGCCUGGCCGAACGUCUCCGGAGGCUACACAUGCUCGGCUCUCGCCUUGAAAGAGUACGAGCUGCGAGCAGCUUCGAAAGAGUCUGCACAGUUCAAGACCCAGGUGCAAACGCUCGAAGCCGAUUUGGAAGCUGUCAAGAAAAUCAAGCAUCGCAACAUCGUGCCGCUCCUCAACUAUCGAAUUGAUAGAUCACCGGUUGACACUGAGCCGGCAUCGUUGAGCUGGACAGUGCGUGUCCUCACACCACUUGCAGAGCGAGGCUCGCUUCAAGAACUUCUCGAAAUAGCCGGACAGCUUGACGUUGGGAAAGUGCGCGCUUGGACUGCAGACUUGCUCAACGCAGUAGGGCAUCUCCACAACCAUGGAAUCGUUCACCAAGACAUCCAUACAAACAAUGUUCUCAUCUUCAGAGAGUCCAUGGGAGAUAUGGUUCCUAAGUUAUGCGACAUGGCCUACGAGCGCCAACUGCAGAAUCUGUGUCGCAAGUCCCGGGCCGUGGCUUCCUCCAGCUCUGCGCGGUCCGCCUACUGGCUGCCGCCAGAGAUUGCGGGAAACUCAAAACCUCACUUCACCCAGAAGACAGAUGUAUGGGACCUCGGCGUGGUCUUCCUGCAGAUGAUCUUUGGCGUUGAUGUAUUCCAGAGAUACCAAUCACCUGGCUCGCUCAUGGACUCGCUCUCUCUUUCUGGCCCGCUCCACGAGCUUGUGGCAAGAUUCUUCAAGUCUGAUCCCAAGAAGCGGCCAAGGGCAUUCGAACUUGGAUCAAGCGAGUUCCUCGCCACAGAUGCACCCAUCCUUAUCAGCGAAACUCCAUCCAUGUUGUCACCAUCUCAAUCUACCCUAUCUCUACAUCAUCAAUUGCCUGUCCGGGUGCGUAGAGAGUCAACGACCCAGAACCAUAUGCAUUCCAGAUACAAAGAAGAUUUCGUGGAAGAAGGUCGGUUAGGCAAGGGAGGCUUUGGCGAGGUGGUCAAGGCGAGGAAGAAGCUUGAUGGACAGAUCUAUGCCAUUAAAAAGAUCUCACAGAGGUCUUCUGCUAGUCUUUCUGAAGUCUUGAAAGAGGUCCGACUCUUGUCCCAGAUCAGUCAUCCCGCAGUGGUGAGGUAUUACAAUACCUGGCUCGAGGAGGUGCCAGACUUGCCGGAGAAUGACGACGACGCAUCUACAGAGAAUGCAACUACCGACAUGUCGAGACAAACAGACUCACAUGGGUUGAACAUCGAAUUCGCGACUGACACGGGCGGCCUCGACUUUAUUUCUUCAACCGGCUUCCCCGCAAUAGAAUUCGAUGCGCGCGAUUCGGAAAGCGAGGAUGAGGAAUCUGACUCUGAUGAUGAGGAGACCGAGUCGGAAGACGACUCUACAGUUGAGGACUCGGCAUUGGCGGCAAUGCCUUCGCCACGCCGAGUUCGCAGCUACCAGCGGGGUUUUCGGACCGUCAUGUACAUAUCCAUGGAAUAUUGCGACAAGAGGACACUGCGAGACCUGAUCCAGAGAAACCUGUACAAGGAAACCGAUGAGAUAUGGCGUCUCUUUCGACAGAUACUUGAAGGUUUAGUGUAUAUUCAUGGACUCAGCAUCGUGCAUCGUGAUCUGAAACCAGACAACAUCUUUAUAGGCCUGGGUCCGGACGGUUUGAAUAAUGUCAAGAUUGGGGACUUUGGUCUUGCGACCACAGGGCAGUUUGCAGUUGACAAGCAGUCCUCAGCGCUGGACUCCAGCGACAUGACAAGAAGCAUUGGCACUUCAUACUACGUGGCACCAGAGGUCAGGAGAGGCGGGGGCUCGUACACGAGCAAAGUCGAUAUGUACUCGCUUGGCGUCAUGUUCUUUGAGAUGAACUACCACUCUAUGUUAGGCAUGGAGAGGGCAGACAAGCUUGGAAAACUCGGUACCCAGUCACAGCUUCCCGACGACUUCCAGCCUGCAGACCGGACAACGACGGAGAUAGUGCAGUCGCUGGUGACACACGACGUCAAGCAGCGCCCCAGUAGUGCGGAACUUCUCCGAAGCGGCAAGUUGCCUGUUCAACUGGAGAACGAGACCACACGUAGGGCACUCGCCAGUUUGACCGAUUCGGCGUCGCCAUACUAUCCGAAGGUUGUGUCCACCCUGUUUUCUCAGCCAGUGGAACCCACCAAAGACUACACCUGGGACAUGUCAGCACAGACUCAGAGUGUCACGGAGCUUCUAUAUCAAGGCAUUGUGAAAGAAGAGCUUGUAGGCAUAUUUCGCAAGCAUGGGGCUGUCGAGGUCAACCGAAGCUCACUCUAUCCACGAUCAUCGCACUAUUCAGCCAACCAGAACCUCGUGAAGCUUCUUGACGAGAGCGGUUGUGUCGUGCAGCUGCCUUUUGACCUGAUGCUUGGCAAUGCCAGGGCUUUGGCCAAACAGGACGGCUCGACCAUUGCUAAGCGCUCGUACACCUUUGGUCGCGUAUAUCGCCAAAAGCAAAGCGGUGGCCAGCCGUUAAUGAUCGGCGAGGUCGAUUUCGACGUCGUUUCUGCUGACAACCUCGAUCUGGCCUUGAAGGAGGCUGAGGUCAUAAAGGUUCUCGACGAGAUUAUCGAGACGUUUCCUUCGCCGUCGCCAAUGUGCUUCCACCUGGGCCACUCGGAUCUUUUGCAGCUCAUCUUCGAUUUCUGCAAUGUCGAUCUGAAUGCGCGGCACUUGACGGCGGAGUCUUUGAGCAAGCUCAACAUCCAUUCGUUUACAUUUCAAAAGAUUCGAACGGAGUUACGGUCGCCGCUCAUUGGAAUAUCAGCCACAAGCAUCGAAGAUCUCAAGCGUUUUGACUUCCGAGAUACCCCCACUAAGGCGUUCAACAAACUGAAGACGAUCUUUGAUGGCAGUCCACUGUACGAGAAGGUGCAAUCUACAAUUGCUCACCUGAAGGACGUUAUUGAGUACACGAAACGCCUCGGCAUUCGGUCCAAGAUCUACAUCAACCCGCUUAGCAGUGUGAAGGAGAAUUUCUUCGGAGGGGGGAUCUUGUUCCAGUGCAUCUAUGACAAGAAGUUUCGAGAUGUGUUCGCUGCUGGUGGGCGCUACGACAGUCUGAUCCGAGCACAUCGACCCAAGAUUGGCAACCAAGCGAAAGGUUUGCAUGCUGUCGGAUUCAGUCUGGCCUGGGAGAAGCUUGCUCGGUUGCCCAAGUCAGGUGGGAAGACAUUCUUGAAGAAGGCCGAGGAGGAGCCCCAAGGUAUCUUCAACACCAAGCGAUGUGACGUGCUCGUGGCAAGCUUCGAUGCUCACAUUCUUCGCACAGCAGGACUCGAGCUUUUGUCGCUGCUGUGGGCGCACGACGUAAGCGCCGAGCUUGCCCGGGAUGCGCGCUCUCCAGAUGAGCUGGUAUCGCGCAACCGCGACGAGUCGUACUCGUGGAUCAUCAUGCUCAAGCAAGACUCGAUUUUGAAGAUCCGGACAAUGGACCGCAAGGACGUAGCAGAUGUCGAAAUACCCAACUCGCAGGUGCUCAACUGGUUACGUGCUGCGAUACGCGAACGCACUUCACGCCAUGCGGGCUCGUCCCUGCGCGGACCAGACAACCCACUGGCUCUGGGCACGUCGACUUACGCAUCUGGAGGUGGCGCCGGCGGAGGUGGAGGUAGCAGUGGUGCGGGAGGUGUCGCCAUGCUCAACCCAGAGCAGGAGGUGCGGGUACUUAUCGCAGGCACGCGCUCCAAGAAGUUCAACCGACGCAUCGUCAUCGAGCAAGCCCAAGCCAACGCGGCGUCGCUGCUUCAGACGUUCCUCGACGGGCCCAUCGCAGCGGUAGAGACGUCGGACAUGGUACUGGACCUGAUCCAGGGCACGGCGCUGUCAGACGCGGAAGGCUGGCGCCGUGCAGAGCAGUCCGUGGACAAGAACGAGCGCAAAUACGUGCAGGAGAUCCACGACAUGCUGUCGUCGUGGCGGGCGGCCUGGGAAGGCGGGCAGGCAGCCGAGCGACAUGCCUUUGUGUACAACUUUCGGACGACGAAGUGUAUAUAUUACGAUCUCGGGGCGUGACCUGUGGAGGGAUGAUUUGUCAAGAGAUGUGGGAUGUUCUGCACUCACUCUUGACGGUCGGUAUGCAGGGGCUGUUCGACAGCGGAACGUGGCGGGACGGUGUAGAUGCAUGUAGCGAUCGGCAUUCGUAGUGAUAGACAAUCUGCUCUCCGCUCCUCCA